AACCCGAUCGGCUUCCUAGCGACAUAAAGUGGGUGUGCAGUCCCUGGUCCCGCCAUGCCGGUGCGAGUGAGCGAGUUCAGCUGGCAGCAGACGCCGGCCACGAUCUUCCUGUCGCUGCCUCUGCGGGGCGUCUGCUUGCGCGAUGCUGACGUAUUCUGUGGGGAAAGUUACCUGAAGGUUAACUUUCCUCCAUUUUUAUUUGAGGUGUUUCUCUAUGCUCCCAUAGAUGAUGAAAAGAGCAAAGCCAAGAUCGGAAAUGACACAAUUCUUUUCACAUUGUAUAAAAAGGAGCCAGUUCUGUGGGACAGCCUUUCUAGGCCGGGUGUUGAUAAAGAGAUGAUGCAGGGAAUAAGAGAAAAAUCUAUCUUGCAAGCACAGGAGAAAGCAAAAGAGGCCACAGAAGCAAAAGCCGCUGCCAAGCGAGAAGACCAGAGAUAUGCACUGAGCGUGAUGAUGAAGAUUGAAGAAGAAGAGAGAAAAAAAAUAGAAGAUAUGAAAGAAAAUGAACGGAAAAAAGCAACUAGAGAAUUAGAAGCAUGGAAAGAAUGUCAAAAGAAAUCUGACGGACAAAAAAGAGUCCAGAGGAAGGAGAAACCCCCUCAGGGAAAGCAAGCUGAAGAGACCAGAGCACUGAAACCUCAGGGUUCACCCCUGAAGGCCCCGCCCACUCGCCUCCCCACAAGAGGGAGGAAUUGGGAAAACAUAUUUCCUGAGAAGUUAAAGGAAGACAGAGCCCCUGAGCCUCGCUCCCCUGGCAGUAUUCAAAUCAGAUUCACCCCUCGAGUGUUCCCAACCGCACUUCGGGAAUCCCAAGUCGCAGAAGAGGAGGAGUGGCUGCAUAAACAAGCAGAGGCACGGAGAGCCGUGAACACUGACCUUCCUGAACUCUCUGACUUAAAAGAAGAAGAGAAAAAUCCAGACUGGUUGAAAGACAAGGGAAACAAAUUGUUUGCAACAGAAAACUAUUUGGCAGCGGUUGAUGCAUAUAAUUUAGCCAUACGACUGAACUGUAAGAUCCCAUUAUUGUAUUUGAAUCGGGCUGCUUGCCACCUCAAAUUAAAAAACCUACACAAGGCCAUCGAGGACUCUUCUAAAGCACUAGAGUUAUUGACACCACCUGUUGCUGACAAUGCCAAUGCAAGAAUGAAGGCACACGUUCGACGAGGUACAGCGUUCUGUCAACUAGAAUUGUAUGUUGAAGGCUUGCAAGAUUACGAAGCUGCACUUAAGAUUGACCCAGCCAACACAGUUGUACAGAACGAUGCAGAGAAGAUUCGGAAUAUAAUUCAAGGGACAACACUGAAGUCUUGUGACUAGAGGCACUAGGUACAGGAGUCUCUGCAAGUACUCUAGCUCUGUAAAGCACAGUGCUAGAGAGUCUUUGGAAUGGCAGAAUCGCCUGAUGAACCAUCUCCAAGGUGAAAGUGGCCUAUCUCUCAGUGCCUUUGAUCCCAGUACUGGAAAGGCAGAGGUAGGCAGGUCUCUGUGAGCUUGAGGCCAGCCAGAGCUAUACAGCAAGCAAAACACAAAAGAAAGCCAGAGAAUGGGCUGUUUGAAUCCUCCUCGGUCUUAGCACAGAGAUUGGUUGGGCUUUGGUGUUGCUGUUGGCAUAUCCGGGAUAGUCACAAAAUAGAAUUUCCACAUAAAAGAUUGUACAUAUAAAAUAUUCUUAUUAUAUUAAAUAUAGUAUUACAUUC